AUGCCCGAUACAGCCAACGACAAGAUCAAUCCCACCUCGGACUCAGUGGAAAGGGAAGCCGAGAUUGACGAAAAAAACCUCGCCAAAUCCAAAGUCGGCGAUGUCCUCCAGUCACACGGUGUCACCCGCAUGGAGGCUAUCUACCGCGAGGCCAAGACAAAUCGCACAUCGCUGUGGCGGCACAUUUCUAUUCUGUCUACCCUCUCCAUCGCCACCAGCAUCAUCAGUGCAGUGAGUAAGCCUUUCAUCGCUAAGAUUUCUGAAAUCACAUCGCGCCCAUAUACCUACCUCGUCGUUCUCGUUUUCUACGUAAUUGGGUAUAUUAUCGUUGCCUCGUGCCAAACAAUCUCCGCAUACAUUGUCGGCGAAGUUUUCGUCGCCAUCGGUAGCUCCGGUCUGGACUUGACCACCGAUAUAAUCGUUGCCGAUCUUACACCCCUGGAAUGGCGUGGCUUUGCCAGCUCCAUGCUCUCUACUCCGUUCAUCAUCAAUACCUGGUUUGCCGGGAAGAUUGUCCAGGCCAUCAAUAGCAGGAACCAGUGGCGUUGGGGAUAUGGAAUGUUCGCCAUAAUCAUGCCUUUCGCUCUAGGGCCGGCCAUUGCUGUUCUCAUCUGCCUGGACCGCAAGGCUAAGAAGCAUGGUAUCGUCAAUAUUGUAUCUUUGAACGCCACUCGCCGUGACGCUCGAGAACUGGCUGACAAGGAAGGUAAUGGAGCUCCCCGUGGUGCAGUCAUUGCACUGGCCGCUGAGCUGUCGCGUACUUGGAUGGAGGCGUUGAAGACAAAUCUUGAAGAGAUCGACGCCUUUGGUCUCGUCCUUCUCGGCUCUCGGCUUUGGGUGGUCAUUACUUCUGCUCCCAUUCUCGUUAAAAACUUAUGCCGAUGGGGGAUGGAAAAACCCCUCGAUGAUCGCAAUGAUGGUUGUUGGAGGUAUUUUCCUUGUCGCCUACAUAGUCCACGAAAUAUUAUGGGCUCGAGUACCGAGCGCCCCUCGUCGACUCGUUUUCAACAAGACCUUCUUGAUGGCCGUCAUAAUUGA